AUGUCACCUAGCCCAUUGGUAGAAUAUGAGGUGUCAAUGAUCAACAGCACAGGUUUCCAAGCACGAGGAGCAAAACUGUUAUCAAAAGAAAUGGAUACAUCAAAUGUCAAUCCAAAAGACUACCAAGGAGAUCAGCUGAUCGAGAUGCAGGCACAAAUCAAUUACCUGUAUAUGACAGGAAAAAUCACCAAUGGUGCCAAACUGCUAGCUAAGGCAAUGGACUGGAAGAGUGCUAGUACCAUGGGUUCAAACAAGUACCGUCACAAGACACCAAGACAAGAGUCCUUACGCCAGGCUGUGUCACAAAGAGAAUUGAGCCAACAGAUUUCCUGA